UGCUACCACCGUCAUCAACCUUUCUCACACAACCUUGCUCGACCAAGCAUCACGUCGAGCAAAUUCCCAGAAAUCAACCAACAUGCUACCCCUAGGACUUCUAAACGCUGCCCAAGGGCACCCCAUGCUCGUGGAACUGAAGAACGGCGAAACCCUGAACGGACACUUGGUCAUGUGCGAUACAUGGAUGAAUUUGACCCUCAAGGAGGUCGUGCAGACCAGUCCUGAAGGAGACAAGUUCGUCAGGAUUCCGGAAGUAUAUGUCAAGGGUAACAACAUCAAAUAUCUCCGCGUACCGGACGAAAUCAUCGAAAUUGUCAAGGAGAACCAGCAGAACCACCAACAGGGCGGCUUCCGGGGAGGUCGCGGCGGCGGCGGAGGAGGACACAGAGGCGAUCACGGCGGACGGGGAGGCGAUCGGGGUCGUGGCGGAAGGGGGCAGGGCCGUGGAAGGGGAAGGGGGCGUGGUGCUUGAGGUGUUCACGACAAAACAUGUGGCAUGACGAAAGCGAAAACGAACCAGCGAACCAAACCUGCUACCCUUUUUAUGUUUUACGUACUGGGCCACCCACACCCAUCUGGGAGGAGGAGAGGCGGGGAAAAGCGAAUACCCCUGAUACACCCAAGGUGCAUACCUCUUCCCCCGAGGUCGGUCUCCAAUUCCGUCGGCGCACUGCGCGGGCUUUGGGAGGCCAUGGGAUGGGAUCAUGGUGAUGGGUAUACGCAGUGCAGUGGACGGAUAUCAUGGGGUAUCAUGUAUGUCCCCCCUCUACCAUGGACCUGGUGUUCCGUGCAGAUAGGUAGGAGUAGGGGAGUCAAGAACCCAAAGAAGCCCAAGAAACCAAAGAAAAUAACUGCGCCAAAUAACGCAUGAACUGAUUAGGACAAGAAAUAUCGAGACGCUUAACCUUGAUAGUUACGAUCAUCCAUUGUACAAAUAUCAAUGGGCGAUUGGUUUAGUGGUAUAACGUCUG